AUGGGCAGGGUCACAGAAAAGAAAAGAGUGGUCAAUGCUUGCUCGCGAUGUCGGCAGCACAAAAUCAAGUGUUCCGGCAUCUGUCCCUGCAACAAUUGUCUCCAGCGUAAGGUUAACUGCAAAUUUGAAGGGGAGGAAGCAAAAGUAUACAUUACAAAGAAACAUCUCUCCGAGCUAAAACAAAGGAACCUAGAGCUUGAGGAGAGAAAUGGCGCUUUGCAACAACAGCUGUCCGCCUAUGCGAAACUGACGCCGAACAUGUUGGAAAACUUGAGUCCACCGACUGAAACGGAAUCACCACUGGGUAUGGUGGAUGAGCCCAGAGAUUCAAUUCAAGGGGACGAAGCCGCAUUAAUUAAUACUCUGGCGUGUGGACCACCCAAAUAUAUUACGGAUGGUGCUGGACGGCCGCAUUUCCUCGGUCAUACAUCAAAUUGGUCUCUUACCAUACGCCUCCUGCAUCUAACACAUCAAGCUUUGUAUAAGUGUCCUUAUCCUACUGCUGCUCAUCAUAUUGAUUCAAUGACCUACAUCCUCAAAUGGGAUGGCUUGCGCAGUCCAGUGGUUCCUGAUAUCCGACGCUUGCCGACCCUGGAUCAAGCCGUGUUUUUAAUAAAUACGACGAAGUUCCAUACUGGGCAGGUCUUUCACUUGUUUGACGAAGAGUCAUUCAUGAUUCAGCUACAACAAUUCUAUGAAGAACCCAAGCAGGAUAUCCAUACUGAGUCCUUAUGGUUUAUCCACUUCCUUGUGCUCAUAGCCCUUGGUAAAGCAUUCGUUGGGGCCCGAGCUAAUGGGGUAAAUCCUCCCGGUGCGGAAUACUUUACAACUGCUUUUAUGAUGCUCCCAGAUUAUAGCUUUUUCUGGAAAGAUCCAUGCACUUCGGCAGAGCUUCUUUGCUCAAUGGCCUUAUACAUGCAGUCAAUCGAUUGGAGAACCUCGGCACAUAACUUGAUCGGCCAGGCACUACGGAUGUUGCAAGUGCAUGGCUUUCACACGAAUAUUUCGAGUAUCUCCAGUAACAAAGACCUUUUGCGAUACCAGAAUGUCUGGUGGACAGUAUACGUUCUCGAACGUCAAUUGUCAGUUCUGAUGGGCGUCCCUUGCGGCUUCAGUGACAAUAAUAUCAGUGCCUUCUUGCCCCAAUACCAAGGAUCAGAGACCAAGACUGCGACUGUAGCCAUUCAUGUCAAACUUUCACAGGCGCUGAGCAACGUAGUGAACGCUAUAUAUCGAGAAAAUGGCGAUCUGAACUCGACUCUGGUGAAAGCAACACAAGAUGUUUUGCAGCAAGUGGCGGACGUGGCAUCUGACCUUCGUGAGAAAUUCCCACUUCCUAAUCAAGAGUCCCGCAGUGGCAUAUCGAGAGUAUCGGGGUAUUUACACCUUCUUUAUCAUCAAUGUAUAAUGCUUGCAAUCCGCCCUUUCUUGUUUGGACUAGUCGAGACAAGUGUCAGUUCAGGGAUCCUCAAUGUUGCGGUGCCCACACCCAUCCAAAUUCUCCUCCAGAUUUGCCUCGAAUCGGCGAAAAAUACAGUGUGUAUACUAAAUGCACUGUGCGAUCAGACUUUGCUAGAGUGCUUUUUACCGUUUGACUUAGAAAGCGCAGUGUCUGCCGGACUCGUUGUGACGAUGGCCACAUUAGUCUGCCCAAACCUUAUCGAGAGCCCUUCAUCAGUUUUCAAGGCACUGUCAGCUCUCCUAGACCACAUAGAAAACGAAGGAAACUUGAUAGCAGCCAGUAACAAGAGGGAGCUCGCCGACAUACACAGUCUUUGCCUUAAAUUGAAAUCAGCACCGUCUAUGGCAUUAUCUUCGCAAAUCGCUGCACAACUCGAGGAGGGUUUGAAUCUCCACAGUGGAGCCUCUGAGAUACAGCCGGGUGAGGAUGUGACAUUAGGGGAAGCGUUGCCCUCACAUUGGGCAGAGGACAUGACGCCUUCUCAGUUACUCGAGGUGGUGGAUUUAUUGAACGAAGAUAAUAUUCUGGACUGGGUAGACUUCCCGACCAAUGCCGUGGAUAACGAACUGAGCAGCCACAUAAAAUGA